AUUAAAACUACUAAUACAGAUGAAAUUGAUUCGGAAUCUAAUGACCUGGAAGAGAAUGAUGAGAAAGAAAUUAAAAAUCUCAUAGAGGAUAAGACCCCCGAAAAAAUAAAUUAUAUUGAUGUGUCAGAUUCUGAUUUAUCAGAGAAUGAUUCCAUUUCUCGAGAAGGUACACCAUGUUCCCCAUGUAUUUUGAAUUUAUAUAUGUUAUUAUUAAUAAUUAUAUCAAUUAAAGAACAAGAAAACACCAUUGAAGAAGAGGAUGAUAGAUACGAUUAUUUUUCGCCAUUAUCUGUUUUGCAAAAGUAUCGUGUAAAAGAAAACACAUCUCCUUAUGAUUAUGAACAGUGGUCCAAAUUAUUAAAAAGACCCAAUGUAAUCAAGAAAACUAAUCAUCACGAAAUAGAACCAUUUAUUAAACACCUAUUUUAUAAUAUGGAUUUAUCUCAAGCUCGUUCGAAAUGGGAUGAACUUCAAAAUAUAAAUGCACCUGAAUAUAAGAAUGAGUUUUCAUACAAGAAUGACGAAUGGAAGAAAAUACGAUGGUGGAUCCAUCAAGUAAUUGGGCAAUUCCUGGAUGCAUUUGAGUCAUUUCAAAACCCUUUAUUAGAACACAAUUGUAACGAACGUCAAUGGACAGGGGAUUAUAUAAUUCCUCUAAUGCAAGGUGUUUUAAAAUUAGAUGGUAGAUAUCUUGCCCUUUGGGGAGAAGCUUCGGUUUUAGCAACUCAACGGUGUCGUAAUAAUAAUAAAGAUAUAAAUACUAAAAGAGUAACACGAAGUCACCUAGCCGAUUUUUUAUGCAAAUAUGAACAAAAUGAAAUAGUCUGUGGGCUUGUAUGUUUACAUGACAGAAGUUCAAAUUUACAUUAUGGAAAAGCGAGAAAUAUAUUUCUUCAUUAUUUAAAAUCGUUUAAUUUACCGAUAUCAUUUUCUUCAUAUAAUAAUCCGAAAUUUGCAUUAAGAACAAUGUGGAAUAUCUAG